UACUUCAACUCAUAGAAUAUAUGAAAUUUGGAAAAGACAUGCUGAAGGAAUACCCUUGCGCAAACAGCAACUAAUACAUAGUGUUGUUGUUUCUUCUAAAAUAAUAUCUGAAAAUAAUACUUCAGAUAAGAAGUCAAAGAAAAGAAAAUCAGAAUCCGGUACGGAGGCUAGCUUUUUAGCUAAUAAGAUUGGUAUAACUGAUAUUCUGAUAAAAAAAGUAGAUGAAAUGGAUGACUUACGAGUUAAGCUUGCACAAAAUCAUAAAGAAAGGAAAGAAGCUAAACAUGAGACAAAAAGGGUCUUAGAUUUCAACUAA